AUGUUCAAAUUCUCAUCAAAAAAAUUAGAAGAUCCCCCAAAAGUAAUGACAAUGCAAGAGAUUCAAGAGGAUUUGGAAACAUUUUGUCAUACAAAACUUAAAGUUAAUCGAACACAAGUAGCUGACGAUUUAAAACAUUCAGAAGACAUUGAUAACUUAAGCUUAAACCAAUGGUGGGGUUGCUUCGAAGCUAAUAAACUUCAAAUUGAGAAUAUGGAAAAAAUUAAAGCUAACUUAAACGAAGUGAAAGAUGAAGUAUCACAGCAGAAAGAUGACGUUGAAUCUAAACGAAAUGCCCUUCUCCAAGAAAUUCAAGACAAUCUUGAGAGAAUUCAAAAGCUUAAAUCACCUAAAUGA